AUGCGCUGGGAACCCGAGGCUGUGAACACUCUGUGGCGUCUGCUCUACACCACCCAGUCAGUGGCGAUCAUCGCCGACGUUGACAAAAUUGCCGAAGCCUGGCCGGAUGGAGAGGAGCAACCGACUCCCAACAGUGUGCGAGGACAGUUGAAGAAGCUGAAACACGCACUGGGCAACCCAUCCAACUUCUCCAUCACCAACUCCAAGGCUGGCAAGGUUCAGGAUUGUGGCGACGAGGACGAAGAGCCUGGCACACCUCGCACCCCGGUCACUCCAAAAAAACGAGGCCGAAAGCCAGCCAAGGCCAGUGACCAGAAUGAUGCAGCUUCCACCCCUAGUGGUCCACAGGUGACGCCUGCCAAGAAGGUCAAGUCCAGCAAGCCCAAACUUGCUGCCACGUGUGACUCCCCCAGCGCGCGUCUGGGCGAGGACUUCAAGGUUAUCGACGAGAUGGCCGAGUCCCAGGAGGCUGAGAGAGCCAACUGUGGUGGCAUUGUCUGCAAUAAGCUGGACUGCAUCAGCUGUAAUGGAUAUUAG